AUGCCGCGGGAUACGGAUCUGGAGCGGCUGACGGCGUUCGCCAGCGACUACGCGCAGCUGUACGCGCGCUUUGCGAGUCACUUCUCUAUCCCGGAGAGAGCCACCAUCGACGGUUUUGCGGAGCUGUUUGAUGCGAGCCACAUCGAGUACCUACACUACUGCGGCGGCACGACGCUCGAACGUCCGUUCUUUCCCGCCAUUACAAGUGAGCUUCUCAUGCUGAGCUCUGCCUAUCUGUCGAUUCCGGAGGCAGUGGCACCGCGCGGGGUUCGUACGUUUGGACUGCUUCUGAGUUUAUUCCUCUAUUCCACUCAGCCCGCGCGGCAGCGGCCCCAGGUGCCGGCUAGUGUCGCCAAGGAAGGGACGACGUUGCCGCCAGUUCAAACAACUGCUUCGUUUGUGGGAUCCGCACCACCCCGCACUGAAGGACCGCGAGCGACCCGCAUCACGAUGGUGGCGGACAGCCUCACCAGCUCAAGCACGCAGCAACCACAGUCUUGUAGCGCGGCAGAAGGAACGGCAGCCACUGCACCACCGUCUCCGCCUGUCCCGUCGUCCCUGCGUCUCCCGAUGCAACCAGUGCCAGUGAGUGUCAGCUGCAUGCGCUUACUGCUUUCCCGUCUGUCCAUUGACACCGGAUCGGGGGUCAUGUCUGGGCAGCCCGCUGCAGGAGCUCCGCCUCUACGCACAGCAGUGGCAGACGCACCAGCAUCCGCCUUGCCGGCUCAGCUGUCCCAUACGGAGGCCAAGGUGGUGCUGGCGCUGCGCCGCGCCAGUGGGUGGCAUAUCGAGCCCUACCUGCAGCAAGGAAAGCACAUUUCUGCGCUCUUGUCCGCUCACCAGGGAUGCGCGGUGCCGCUUGUGCAGCACGUCACGCCUGUCCCGCGCUCUCUCUUUGCAGCUACACUGACAGCACGUUCGAUGCUGAAUGCGUCGGCGGCACCAGAGGAGAUGGGCGGGAGCGACAGCCUCUUUCGCGACCCAGACUUUGUGCGGCUGCGGCAGGGGUACGAAGCGGCGCGCCGGCGACUGCUACUAGGGGAGCGCCGGUGA